AUGGCAGACGCCCAAGCUUCAGCAACGGCCGCGUCGCCUGCCGAGCACAGCCAGCCGGCGGAAGUACAACCACAGCAACAAACGUCAGCAGCGGCACCGGGUGCAGGAGUGGCCACACACGAACUGCCAUUCGUCACACCAUCGUCUUACCUGCGACCAAACCCUGAUACCAGCGCACGCGCCAUGGCCGAUGCCCGGACGUACUCCGCGAUAGAUCGCGAACAGAUGCAGGGCCUUGAGAACAUCCGCGCGUUUCUCAAGAUUCGGACAAGCUACGAUGUCCUGCCGCUGUCGUUCCGUCUCAUUGUCCUCGAUACCGACCUUCUUAUCCGCAAAAGCCUUACAAUCCUCAUCCAGAACAACAUCGUGUCCGCGCCGCUGUGGGACUCACACAACUCGACCUUUGCAGGUCUGCUUACGAGCACAGAUUUUAUCAAUGUCAUCCAGUACUACUGCCAGUACCCGGACCGGCUCCACGACAUUGACCAGUUCCGCCUGAGCGGAUUACGAGACAUCGAAAAGGCCAUUGGCGCACAACCGCUCGAGACCAUUUCGGUGCACCCCAUGAAGCCACUGUAUGAAGCCUGCACCGAGAUGCUCAAGACCCGCGCGCGGCGCAUUCCGCUGGUGGACGUGGACGACGAGACCGGCCGCGAGAUGGUUGUCAGCGUCAUCACGCAGUAUCGCAUCCUCAAGUUCAUCGCCGUGAACAACGAAAACAACACCGUCAUGCUCAAGAAGCCAGUGCGCGAGAUCGGCCUCGGCACCUACAGCAACCUGCAGACGGCGCACAUGAGCGACUCCGUCCUCGACGUGAUCCACGUCAUGGUCGAGCACAACAUCUCGGCCGUGCCCAUUGUCGACGCCGACAACCGCGUGCUCAACGUCUUUGAGGCCGUCGACGUCAUUCCCUGCAUCAAGGGUGGCGUGUACGACGACUUGCAGUCGAGCGUCGGCGAGGCCCUGUCGAAGCGCGCCGAAGACUUUCCUGGCAUCUACACGUGCAGCGAGGACGACCGGCUCGACUCCAUCUUUGACACCGUUCGCAAAUCGCGCGUCCACCGCCUUAUUGUCAUUGACGACGAAAGCCGCCUGCGGGGCAUGAUCUCGCUGUCCGACAUCCUCAAGUACGUCCUGCUGUUCGGCGAAGAAAACGACACCGUCACGCCGGAUGCAGUAUAA